UUUUCGUUCAAAAUGGCGGACGAUGAUUUGGAAGGGUAUGACGAUGACCUCGAUGAGGUCGAAGAAGAAGACCACUUUGAAGAUGUAGAUGACUUAGAGCCAACAGAAGACACAGAUAAUAUUGACAUUUUGCCCACAACAGAAGAAAGCCAAGAACCAACAAAAAGAAUCACAACACCAUAUAUGACAAAAUAUGAGAGAGCAAGAGUAUUAGGAACUAGAGCUCUACAGAUAAGUAUGGGUGCCCCUGUUAUGGUGGAACUUGAAGGUCAGACAGAUCCUCUACAGAUAGCCAUGAAGGAACUCAAAUUCUUCAGGAAGCUCUGCCUGUAACCUGUGUGUGCCCAAAGUGGACCUCAAUUUCUCCCUUAAAGAGGACAUCAUUCCAUCAGGUUUUUACCAAGCGGAAGUGAAAGGAAAGAAGUGGUGCCACUUUAUUUUUGCUACAAAACAACAGCUGAGUCAGUUAGCUGCAACAAAAACAUGGUACAUGGACAGAAAUGACAAGAUAGUCAAGGAACCCUUUCACCAACAUGUCUGCCGAGUCUGCAAAACAAGUGCCAUUAGUGUUUGUCCUAAUGUCCUCAAAGAAAAAGAGAGAUUACAAGAAGAUUUUGAGAGAGAUCAUCCAUCUUCUACCAUGUGAAUGGCUUCAUGUGCAAUUUGUUACAGCAGAUUUUGAUGAGGCAUUAUUGUGGGGAGCACUUUGGUCUGUUGUCCUACAUGCAAAGCUACAGAGACGUCCUCUUCACUGGACCCAGUUAAUGUGAAAAAAGAUGCAAGAACUUGGUCUGCAAGCACUGUGCAUUGAGGAUAAUGGUAUGCACAAAUACAUUAGAAAACUGCUUGCAUUACCCUUACUGCCUAGCAACGAGAUUUUUACUCAGUUCUAAAGUACAGGCAACCACAGCAACACUUCAGGAACUAAUAAAAUACAUUGAGGACACAUGGAUCACUAACAUUGCGUACCCCAUUAGGGAUUGGUCUGUUUAUUGUCAGCCAAUAAGAACAAUGAAUGACAUUGAAAGCUGGCUGAAGCUUCUCAGUGGUGAAACUGGUAGGAGCAGCCAAGUUCCUUUUUACACUCUAGUUCAGUCACUGCAUCAAGUGGCCCAACUUUCUGUUCAAAACGUGCAGUUGGUAAGGAACAAAAAGUUGAUCAGGAUUCAACAGCAAGAUUGCCAUCACUUGCAGUCACAGAUCAGUUAGUAUUGGACUGAGUACAUAUUGGAAAAGAAAAAUAACAACAACAAAACUUCUUAAGGUUUGUUCCAAGCUGUAGGGCCAUGUCAAACUGAUUCCUGACUUUCAUAUAUCAUGAGAUUUUAUUCAUUCAGUAAUAAGCUUGUAUUUAUUUUGAACACUGAUAUUAUAUACCAGCAGAAGCUUGGAACCUAUCAGUAAUGUGUAGAACUUUACGUGCGAUGAUUUUUUGAAAAAUUUCCUUUGUCAUAAUCAAAAUGUCUUAUUUUUUUGUAUUCAGUUUUGUAUUUUGUGAAAAAGUAAUUUUGGGAAAUGUGCAUAACAGUUGUGUAUUAGAAAUAUUAUCAUUAAACACAUGCUGGGGCUAGUAGUAAUGGUAGAUGUGUCAAAAUCUUUUACAGCAGUGAUGAGUUUCUUUAACUUUUCAAGAAAAAAAUUUCACUUAGCAUAAACAUUUAAUAUAUUACAGUCUAAUAUUAAUUAUUGAUCAUUAAUAGUACAGUCGGGGUGAAGAGAAUUGUCAAUAUUUUAAUAUUUAUUAUUUCUACAGUGUUGUAAAACAUAUUGUAAGAUGUACUACCCCUGUUAAUGUUGUGAGCACUGGUUGUGAUGAGUAUCAUAAUUCCAGGUUGUAAGUGUUUCUUCAUUGUUGCAAGAAGUAUUAGUGUCAUAUUGUAUUGCCUAAUUCCCGUAUGGCAGCAAUGUAAUAUGGAAAGAAGGGAAAUUCUCUUACCUAAGAUAGCCACAGAUUAUCCAAACAAAUUACUCCCGUGUUUGGCUCGUUACACUGUGUUGUCUCUACCCUGACACGUGUUACACAACAAGCCUAAAUAUUUGCUGCAGGGAACAUCCAAGAAUGUGUCUUUGUUUCUACCUUGCGAGGCCAGC